AUGUCUACCUGCUCAUGGCUCACCCUCCCCAACGAGAUGAUGAUUUCCAUCAUCGACAUUCUCGAGCCCGAAGACGUCCACUCACUCUCCAAGGUUGACCAACGGACAUAUCAAGCCUGUGUACCGGCUUUGUUCAAGAAAGUCAAGCUCGAUGACUAUGAGGCCAUCGAAAGCUUCAUUGAAAACGUACCUCGCGAUUACCGCAGUUACAUCGAAGAAUUGGAAAUCAGUACCCAGCAUGCCACCAAUUGCAUGCCAGUUCUUCCACGCGUCAGGGCAGACACCGUCAUUUCGCUCCUAUCUUCUUCACCGCGUCUCUCAAAACUUGUAAUGCGAGUGUCAGGCUCUUUAGACAAGAGCAUCAUUUCCCCUUUCCCUUAUCUUCAAAAUUUAAAAUCAAUUUCUAUCGCUAAUUGCGGUGAUGAACAAAGGGCACCACUGAGCGAGAGGCUGGUUGUGUCUAUCGCUAUUAACACGCGCAACCUGGAGGAGUUAUCCCUCGAUCGUAUUACGCGGUCUAAAAUGCACGCUCCAGAGCUCGAAGGCGCCUAUCCUUGUCCCCCUUUGGCUUUAAAUGACGAUGAUAUCCCGGACCACCCAGUUCUCGGAUCGGAGCUCUCGCUUCCAUCGUUGCUCCGUAUACCUACUCUCCGAAAACUCACUAUCCGAGACACACACCUUGGACACGAAGCGUGGACCUCUAUCCCGGUAGCGUGCCGUCUGCAGGUACUGGACAUCGGUAGCUGCUACCACGGAGAUGAUGGAUUUAACACGCGCUGCACCGAACGGAUCAUGACCGCUGUAGGCCCCACAGUAGACGAGUUCUCGCUGACAGCCGCCGUAUCCGACUCUGUGUUCUCCGAACCCACCGCGACGCCUCUGGCCAGGCUCCGCAAACUGCACAUCACACCUUUCUUCCCUGUCGACAGCGUAGUCGAGACCAUGGCUAACCUUGCUGGCUCACCGGUUGAGAAAAUAUCAGUCCAAUGUUUCCAGGAGGACAUGGUCGACAUUUGUUCAGCGCUGGAGAAGUUCCUUUCGCUCCGCGUCGAGCGCGGACCUGAAUUUUAUCACAAGCUCAAGCAGAUUGAUGUAUCUGUUACCAACAACGCCGAUGAGGAUGAAGAUGAUGACACCCCAACCGACAAAGAGACCCAAGAACGUCUGGAAGCGACAAAGCGCCUCCAGGACUUCUGUCGGGAUCUGCAGCUCCGAAGCAUCGUGGCCAAAGAAGUCACCAAGAAGGACUUCAAGCCAAGUGUUGUUGCAACUACUGCGCCAACUUCUUUUGUUGAUGCCAGGCGCUACCAUGUCAAGGGUCGCUCUAUGUCCAUCUAA